AAACAUCGAGUUUGUUUCAAGUCGGGCGUAGUCGCAUCCAAUCCGAACCAAGUCAGUCAAAGUUUCCGCAUCAUGGCGAAGCAUCAUCCAGAUUUGAUUUUCUGCCGAAAACAGGCCGGCGUCGCCAUCGGACGCCUCUGCGAGAAAUGUGACGGCAAGUGCGUCAUCUGCGACUCGUACGUGCGGCCCUGCACCCUGGUCCGAAUAUGCGACGAGUGCAACUACGGCUCGUACCAGGGCCGCUGCGUCAUCUGCGGAGGCCCCGGCGUCUCGGAUGCCUACUACUGCAAGGAGUGCACCAUCCAGGAGAAAGACAGGGAUGGCUGUCCAAAGAUUGUGAACCUAGGUAGCUCCAAGACGGACUUGUUCUAUGAACGGAAAAAAUAUGGCUUCAAAAAGAGGUGACAGGGUGGCUGAGGAAGCCUUGCAGCCCUGGACAAGGCUUCACAUCUCAAUUCACAUCUCCAUUUCAUACCUCGCCACCCUGUCGUUAGCAACGUUUUCUGGGUUCCCAAGUUCAUCAGUUGUUUUCCUUUCUUUUUUUUAUUUGAUUUGAAUUAAAGUUUUG